AUGCAUUUCUUCAGCUUCCCGGCCGAGAUCCGCCUCCAGAUCUACUCGGACGUGCUCGUCCAGGACGAUGCCGUCAAGCUUCGCUUCGGGAUUUACCACGGCGAACGGCGCGUCAUCCAGGAGAGCAAGCGCGGGGGCGCGGCCCUUCUCUGCGCCAGCAUGACCGUGAACGCCGAGGCCGCGCCCAUUCUUUACUCACAUAACCGAUUCGAGUUCGGCGACGUCAAUUCCUGGCCGUUGGAGACCAUCGGGGCUAUUGCGCGUCUCGUGCGGCAUAUCCGCUUUGCGAACAUGCUUCGUAUCGAGACGGACCCUGAGAGUGUUCGGGCUGUUCGAAUGAUUCAGGCAACGUGCUCGCGUUUGAGGACCAUCGAGAUACUGUCUAAUGAUAUGCCCUCCCUCGAGAAGAUUGUUGUGCGCUAUUCAAUAUCUAGUUCUAAAUUUGCCCACUGGAGCCCCGAAUGGUUAGGGACCAUCGACAGACGGGGCCCAGCGACUACAAUCACAUGGUCCAGCGACUAUGAUCGCAUGGUCCAGCGACUGCCAGGCGCUAAAUGGACCAUCGAGUUCGUAGACCUCUCCGACCCAAUGAGCGACAGGCGACGACCAGGAUUAGCCUAG